AUGACCUCGUCCAAACCAACUGGGCAAGCAACACUAUCUAGACUAUGUGAUAUGACCUCGUCCAAACCAACUGGGCAAGCAACACUAUCUAGACUAUGUGAUAUGACCUCGUCCAAACCAACUGGGCAAACAACACUAUCUAGACUAUGUGAUAUGACCUCGUCCAAACCAACUGGGCAAGCAACACUAUCUAGACUAUGUGAUAUGACCUCUUCCAAACCAACUGGGCAAACAACACUAUCUAGACUAUGUGAUAUGACCUCGUCCAAACCAACUGGGCAAACAACACUAUCUAGACUAUGUGAUAUGACCUCGUCCAAACCAACUGGGCAAGCAACACUAUCUAGACUAUGUGAUAUGACCUCGUCCAAACCAACUGGGCAAGCAACACUAUCUAGACUAUGUGAUAUGACCUCGUCCAAACCAACUGGUUCAACCAACAGCGACUGGGCCAUCCUAAGUUCAACCAACAGCGACUGGGCCAUCCUAAGUUCAACCAAAAGCGACUGGGCCAUCCUAAGUUCAACCAACAGCGGCUGGGCCAUCCUAAGUUCAACCAACAGCGACUGGGCCAUCCUAAGUUCAACCAACAGCGACUGGGCCAUCCUAAGUUUAACCAACAGCGAUUGGGCCAUCCUAAGUUCAACCAACAGCGACUGGGCCAUCCUAAGUUUAACCAACAGCGAUUGGGCCAUCCUAAGUUCAACCAAAAGCGACUUAGCCAAGGUUCUCAGGUGGAGUCGUGGAGUUCACACUUUCCAACGCUGA